AUGAGUAUCGUUGCGCACAAUAUUCGCAAAAUCGGCGUGAUGGGUGCGGGGCAGAUGGGGACGGGUAUAGCCCUCGUCUCCGCUCUCCGGGCCAAGGUUCCGGUGCUGCUAUACGAUCGUUCCCCGGAACAGACGACGAAGGGUCUAGCUUUCGUCGACAAGCUGCUGGAGAAGGAUGUGAACAAGGGGCGGAUACAAAGCAUAGAUGCUAAGGAGGCCAAAGACCGUAUUCAGGUUGUUGGACAUGAAGAGGGGAUCAAAGGCAUGCGGGAUGUGGAUAUGGUCAUUGAGGCUGUAUCAGAAUCUCUGCCAUUGAAGCAGGCGAUAUUCGCCUCGAUAAGUAUAACCAAAAUCGCUGCUUCAGCUGUUCCGAAAGAUGUCAGCGCGGCGAGCGAGGAGGGCAAGAAGAUCGCUGGGCGUGUUGUCGGUCUCCAUUUCUUCAACCCCGUUCCCGUCAUGAAACUGGUCGAACUUAUAUCGGCUCUGCAAACGACGCCGGACGUGCUUAACCGUGCACGAUCCUUCGCCGUGGCCUGCGGCAAAGAGGUGACAACAUCUAAGGAUGUACCUGGAUUUGUCUCCAAUGCCCUCCUCAUGCCGUUUAUCAAUGAGGCUAUCAUGUGUCUAGAGAAGGGCAUCGCAACGAAAGAAGACAUCGAUACUACUCUCAAACUCGGAAUGAACCAUCCCAUGGGCCCCUUGCAAUUAGUUGUUUUCUUUGGCAGCAUCGGGCUAGAUACCUGCCUCGCCAUCCAGCAGACGCUCUACGAAGGUACCCGCGACUCAAAAUACCGACCUAGCAUCCUUCUGGAACGAAUGGUAGAUGCUCAGUGGUAUGGGAAGAAGAAUGGAAAGGGUUUCUACGAGUAUUAG